AUGGUCAUUUCUAUGUGGAGUAAUUUACUUCAGACUACAAAAGAAAGGAUACUCCAUCACAGAAGGAUGUCGUUGUAUAGCCAGGCUCAUGGCUAUGAGGAAGAAUUGAUAAAGAAGAAGCUUCAGGAGUUUCCUGGUGGAUCCAUCAAUCUUUCCAAAGAAGACAAUGGCAUUGGAAUACUUACUUUGAACAACCCACAGCUAAUGAAUGCAUUUACAGGUACUAUGAUGCUGGAACUUCAGGAGAAGAUAACCGAACUGGAAAACUGGAAGGAAGGCAAAGGCCUUAUCAUCUACGGUGCAGGAAACACCUUUUGCUCAGGAUCUGAUUUGAAUGUUGUCAAAGCAAUAUCGAAAUCCCAGGAUGGGAUGAAUAUGUGCAUGUUUAUGCAAAAUACUUUAACCAGACUUAUGAGAUUGCCUUUGAUCAGUGUUGCACUAGUGCAAGGAAAAGCUGUUGGAGGAGGAGCAGAACUUACCACGGCAUGUGAUUUCAGGUUAAUGACGCCCGGCAGUGAAAUUAGAUUUGUUCAUAAGGUCAUGGGUCUGGUGCCAGGCUGGGGAGGAGGUGCCCGGCUGGUGCGGAUCGUCGGCAGUGGGGCUGCCCUCCAGCUCCUGAGUGGGGCUAUCAGGGUGGACCCCAAGACGGCUUUGCACCUUGGGCUCUCGGAGGAGACACUCUCAUCCUUGGAUGAAGCUGGAGCAUUAAAAGAAGCCCAAGCCUGGCUAAAUCAGUACACAGAGGGUCCAGCCAGUGUGAUUCGGGCUGCGAAAGAGGUGGUGGCAGUGGGAAGAGAGCUACCGGUGGAAGCAGCCUUAAGGACAGAGAAGGACAUUUUUGGAACUCUGUGGGGUGGGCCUGCCCAUUUGCAGGCACUGGCUAGAAGACCAAAACAUAGAUGA